AAUCCCUCCCCUCUCCUCUGGCAGAACGGCAUAGUACAAGGCUCCUUCUCCAGGCUCUCCCGGAGACAGAGAGAGGGAGGGGGCGGCCAGUGGAGUGAGGCAGCGAGGGAGGGGGCUACGGAGGGAGGGAGGCCGGCAGCCACUACUGCUCCCGCUGGAUCAAGUGAUGGGUGGGGAGGCUACAGGAAACACCAACUCCAGCCCCCAGCUGGGGAAGAAGGCACUCUUCCCCUUGUCUAUUUUCCUGUGAGAUAUCUGCCCAGUUGUUGCUCUAGUGAGUUCCACCGAGAUGAAGUCCAAUGCCAUUCCUUCGAAAGGCAAGGCUGUGUUCGAACUGAAGCACAAGCUGGUCCAAGCUCUUAAUAAGAUUGCUGACAGAGACACCUAUCAGAUUGGGCUGAAUGAGCUCGAGAAGGCUGUGGAUGCCUUGCCUCCUGACAUGGUUGGUCCCUUCUUGUCAUGCGUGAUUGACACUGAUGCUGAACAGAAGAGUGCGGUGCGGAAGGAGUGUAUUAAGGUAAUUGGCACAUUGGCACGGUCACAUGGAAGCUUACUAGCACCGCACAUGGUGAAGAUGGUGACUAGCAUAGUCAAGCGCCUGAAGGAUGCCGACUCUGUUGUUAGGGACGCAUGUGUUGACACUUGUGGUACCCUUUCAAUGUGUGCUAGAAAUUAUGGGGAUGGUGGCACUGCGUUGGUUUCAUUGGUGAGACCCUUGUUUGAAUCACUGGGUGAACAAAAUAGGUACGUUCAGGCUGGGGCAGCAUUGUGCUUGGCCAAGGUUAUAGAUGAGAGCAGCUACUUUCCUGGCCCUGUUCUUCCUCAGAUGCUUGGCCGUGUUGUUAAAAUCCUCAAGAACCCCCAUUUCAUGGCAAAGCCUGCAGUGAUUGAGUUGAUCAGAAGCAUUGUGCAGGCUGAAGGUGCUUCUACAGAGCAGGCUUUAUCAUCCGCGCUAACAAGUAUUAUGGAUUCCCUGAGAAGUAGUGACUGGACUACAAGGAAGGCAGCCUCUCUUGCUCUUUCUAGUAUCGCUGUCAGCUCUGGAUAUUUGGUUGCCUCUUUCAGAACUUCCUGCCUUCGCUCACUUGAAAGGUGUAAAUUUGACAAGGUAAAACCGGUGCGUGAUGCAAUUACCCAUGCUAUUCAGUUGUGGAAAGCCAUUCCAGGGUCUGAUACUCCUGAACCAUCAGAAGCUGGAUCAUCCACAAAAGAGAACUUCUUCGGUGACCAUCAUGACGCCAGAAGUGUACAUGAUGGUGGAUCAAGAGACACUUCUUUUAGGAGAGUCGAUCCUACACCAUCAGCAUCUGUUAUCAGUGGCAGUUCUAUCACUUCAGUAAAGAAGAGAUCUCCAUUGUCUGUCAACAAAAUACCCCCAAACAAUGCUGCAAAUCACCAGCAUUUGAAGUCAAGUGACUGGCAUGUUGAGAUAACAGUCCCUAAGCAGAAUACAGUGCCAUUGGUUGAUCUUGGAAAAGGUGGAUAUGGCAUACUAAAAGAUGCAAAGGGAAAUGUGUAUGAAAUUGUAGAUGAGGACAGCAAGUCUGACUAUGACCUGAUGGAUGACAAACAAGAAUGCUCCUCUUUAUCAGAAGUAGCCAGCAGGAGUUGUGAGACAAAGCAUGUCACCUCUGCUCUGGAAUGCACUUUGGAUUGUGAUACAGCACAAGUUACUGAGCUGUGUCCUAGGGCUCGAGAGAGUAAGAGCAUAGACUCCACUGUUACAGAUGGCACUUCACAUGGCUCACAUACCUGUUGUUUGAGUGCAACGAAAGAAUUAGCUCUUAUUAGGAAACAACUACAAGAAAUGGAAAGGAAGCAAGCUCAUCUCUUUGAUCUUUUGCAGGCAUUCAUGUCGAACUCCGUGGAAAGCAUGUCAGUGUUGAACUUGAAAGUACACAAUUUGGAGAAUGCUGUGGACAAAACUGUGUACACGAUUACUCAAAGUGAAAGCCGCUAUCGCCUUCCUCGCUCCAAGGUUUUCAAGAACCAAAGUGCCUCUUCUUCACCCAGGCUUUCUAAUUCGACACCUAGAUCAUCCGUUGAUGCCAACUGUAAGCCACAAACAAUUUCUCAUUUGAAACACGAGAAGAAGUGGGCUCAUGAUCUACCAUCUAAGGGCACAAGCAUGUGUGUAAAAGAGGGACCUGAAUUCCUAAAGGGCCAUGCUCGUAACAGUGCUAUAAAGACUAGGUCUGGGAGCUCAGAGGGAAGAUAUGUUCCCAGUUCAGCAAGGAAUCGAGUAUCAGGGGUUAAGGGCACCUUCCCGGUUCCAUUUAUUAAUUCAUGCGAUCAGCCUGAGCUGCAAAAUGCAUUGUGUGCUUCUAAUCAGGCUGGUGAGUUUUGUGGAGCUGACAGUAUGGAGCCUGCAUAUGCAGAAGCCCUUAGCUAUGGCGAUUAUAAUGAUCUGAUUGAUCUAAUGGACAGAACUGGACCGGUUCUUGACAAAUUGUCUCGCGAAACAGCAAAUGAACUUUUAAGAGUUAUGGCUGGCCAAUUUCUCAAUAAAAACUUAUUUGACUUGGCAUUACCUUGGAUUCAGCAGGUGGUGGAGUUGAGCACAAUUUACAAGCCUAGCCAACUUUUUGUGUCUGUGAGAGCACAAAGGGAGUUCCUUUCUGCAUUGGAGGCAGCAGCAACAAGUGGAACCACAGAACCAACCAUCAGAAUUGCCGUCGCGCAGCUUGCAUUUAAACUGACCAAAGUCUGUGAGGUUGCCCCAUGCAGGAAAAUCUCAACCAGACUGUCCAGAGGAAGCGAAUCCAUCAUGGCCACUGCGAUGUGAAAUAUUCACCCCCUGCUGCUAUGUAACCCUAGUGCAUGUUCAGACUUGAAACCAUAUGCUGCAGUGGUGCUUUAGUGAGGAUGUUUUCUUUUUUAUAUAGCCUGUGCGAUGAAGUAUGUUAAGUUUGACUAGUGUGUGCAAGAUCACCAUUUUGCUAGCUAAACAUAUAUGUGUUUCAUGACUGGGACAAGGCAUUUGCGUUAGCCUUUUACGUUUGUGGUCUUCUCUUUUGAGAGCCAAGAGGUAAUCAAUGAGCUUGUGAGUUCAUGCUUGAUCAGCAGCACCAAUUUUUUCUUCUCUAGCAUUACCUUGUUGUAUUUGGCCAAAAACCAAUCAGUAAAGUGUCAGAUUUACA